AUGGCUUCUUUUCUUCUCCUACUUACAACCCUUCUCACCUCCACUAUCUUCAUCAUCUUCAUCUCCAUUUCUAACAAAAAGAACAAAACCAGCAAAGCUCCAUUACCACCAGGCCCAACAGGCUGGCCAAUCGUCGGCAACCUCUUUCAACUCGGCUCCAAGCCACACGAAACACUACACGCCCUCUCCAAAAUCUAUGGCCCUCUUUAUAGACUCAGGUUGGGCUCGGUCACCUUCGUUAUGGCCAACUCCGCCGAAGUUGCCUCCCAGUUCCUCCGCACUCACGACGCCAACUUUUCCAACCGACCACCCAACACCCUCGGCGACCACAUUGGCUACAACCACAAAGGCCCAGCGUUCGUUCCCUACGGCCCUCGCUGGCGCAUGAUCCGCCGCUUGUCCAAUACCCAUCUCUUCUCCACUAAACCUCUCGACGACCUGCGCCACGUCCGAGAGGAGGAGGUGUCACUGUUGGUGUAA